GCGGCUGUCUCCCGAGGAGGUCAAGCGGCGACGUGAGAAGGGUCUUUGUUUUAAGUGCGAGGAGAGGUUCACUCCGGGGCAUCAGUGCAAGCAAGCUUUUGUCAUUGAGGUAGCCAACCCGGACGACAAGGAGGAUGAGGUCGAGGAGGAACCGCCUCAGGAGGACGAGAUUGAGGCCUUUAGAGAGGAGCCCGAGAUUUCGAUGCAUGCAAUGGCAGGAAUCAGAGGGCCCAGGACAAUGCGAUUACCCGCAUGGGUCAAGGAUCGGAGAGUAAUGGUGCUCGUAGACAAUGGUUCCUCACAUAAUUUCAUCAAUGCUGACUUGUCGCAAAAGUUGAGAUUGCCAACCACAAAAAUCGAGCCCUUUGAGGUACGAGUAGCCAAUGGAGAGAGGUUGCAAUGCUCUGAGUCUUUUCGGAAGGUGCUAAUCAAGUUCCAAGGAGUCACGGUAAAAGCUGAUCUGUAUGCUUUACCACUAGUUGGACCAGAUGUCGUGCUGGGAGUCCAGUGGCUCGAAGGAUUAGGCAAGGUGACGACCGACUAUCGAACUGGAGUUAUGGAGUUCAACUCCGAAGGUCGUCUAGUCACCCUAAGUGCCGACACCGAUAAAGAAACCAAGGAAGUAGGGCUGAAAAAUAUUGAAAGAGUUUGGCGAGGUGGAGCCCAAAUUUUUGCA